AUGGAAAUCAAUCCCAAUGCGCGGGUAGGUGUUGUGGAGGAGCACAAGUGCUGCCAGGUUGGACCCAAGUGCUUCUACGACGACUUGAACUUUGGGACGCAGAUCCUCACGGUGAAGGCGGUGGAGCCGGACACUGUGGUGAAGAUGGGGGCAUGCUGGAGCAUGUGGUCCAGCUUGAAGCUGAGCAGGGACGGGGAGGCCCUGCUGGUGCACUCGAACACGUGGUGCGUGGGCAAGCUGGACUCUGAGCUGAGGCGGGCGGCGGAGAAGCGGUGGGCGCCGUUCUUCAACGUGCAGAGGAGGUGCGGUUCGUUGAAUUGCUUUUGUUCAACAAAGUGA